AUGGGUCUGCUCAGGUCCCCGCACGUCCAGGUCCCCCCACGUCCAGGUCCCCCCACGCGCAGGUGUCCAGCACGCUCAGGUCCCCCCACGUCCAGGUCCCCGCACGUCCAGGUCCCCCCACGCAGGUGCCCGAUACGCACCCCCGGGAGGAGCGGCCCUCGGGAGCCCCGCGCGCACACGCCCCUCCCGGAGGAGGUCCCGAGCGCGACCCCGAGGAGCCAGGCCUGCACGCCGGCGGGCGCCCGGGAGGAAGGCUCCGGGCAGCUGCCGAGCCCGGCGGGAUGGUUCCGCCUGUGCUUCUCUCCGCGGGACCCUGGACUGCCGGCCACACUGGGCGGUGACCCCGCCACGGCCACGGCGGCCACCCCCGCCCCCGCCCGUCCACUCCCCGGCCCGGCGCCCACCCCACGCCCAGCGCCCCUACCCGUCCAGGUGACCACGACUACGGCACUUCCGGGAGCAUGUGUGACAAUCAUGGCAGCUGCCUUGCUGAUUCUGUUUAGAACCACGGUGAUCUUGCAAGCAGACUUACUUCCUGAUAAAACCUUUGCACUUCUCCCACCGGUAAAUUUCACUGCUAAAGUAACAGGCCUCGCACAAAUCCAGCUACAGUGGGAGCCCAAUCCCCAUCAAGGGCCAAGGGAUGCUGCUCUUGGAUACAGGGUGCGGAUAAACGCACCCCAGGAAGAUGAGUAUGAAACCAGAGACACUGAAAGCCAGUGUAUAAGCAUCCUUCACAAAGGCUUCUCGGUGAGCGUGCAGACCAUCUAUUGGGACAAGGCCUCCCUCCCCGACAGCAGCUGGGUCUCUGCAGAGCUGAAGGACCCACCGGGGUCUCCUGGAACCUCAGCUGUGAAUUUAACCUGCACCACAAACACUGUGGCAAGUGAUUCUCCGGACUUCAGGCCAUACCCAGUGUCCCUGCAGUGCUCCUGGCUUGCUGGCCAGGAUGCCCCAGAGGACACACAGUAUUUCCUCUACUACAGGUAUGGCUCCUGGACUGAAAAAUGUCAGGAAUACAGUAGAGACACCCUGAAAAGGAAUAUUGGAUGCUGGUUUCCAAGGACUCCUAUCAAUAUCCAAGAGCAAUACAAGCUUGCAGUGCAUGUUAAUGGAUCAAGCAGGCAUGCUACAAUCAAACCUUUUGACCAACUGUUUGAUCUUCAUGCCAUUGAUCAAGUCAACCCUCCAACGAACGUCACAGCAAAGACUGAAGGAAUGAAUCUCUCUGUUCAUUGGGAAAAACCCAUUUCUGCAUUUCCCGCCCACUGCUUUCAUUAUGAAGUAAAAAUUUACAACUUGAGGAAGGAUUUUGUUCAGACAGAACAAAUGAAGGUCAACACAUUCACCUCUGUAGUUGAUGACCUUUCGAAGUAUUCCGUUCAAGUGAGAGCAGAAGUGAGCUUUGUGUGCAGGGAGACGGGGCAGUGGAGUGUGUGGAGCCCAGCUGUCUAUGUGGGAAACGAUGAGGAGAAGUCUUCCGAUGAAUGGCUUCUCGUUCUUCUGAUGGCAGCCAUUUGCUUCGUCUUGUUAAUCCUCUCGCUCAUCUGCAGAACCGGUCACUUAUGGACCAAGCUGUUUCCCCCUGUGCCAGCUCCUAAAAGCAGCAUCAAGGACCUCUCCGUGGGCACCAGCCAUGAGAAAGGUGGUUCCUAUGAGACAGAAAUCGAAGUUGUCAGUUACGUGGAAGAGCCCGGCUUUGAGAUUCUAGAAGACUCUGUGUUUUGA